AGAUGUGUUGCACACAGUGAAAAGUCGAGCCUGAUAAUAAGUUGAAUUGUUUAUGUUAAUAAUCUUUAAUUUUUAUGUUUAGAGUGAGAAUUUAUUCUAAUGGAAGAUAAUAAUGUUGAUUGGUUAUCAAAACUAUUCAUCUAGUUGUGUUUCCCAAGUAUACGUAAAUGUAUUGCCUAUGUGUACACAUCUGAAUGCAUAUGUAUGUAUAUGCUGUUUAAUCCGAAGUGAAAAAAACCAAAAACUUGUUUUGUGCAUUUGUGCAAGCAAGCGUACUCGUGCAUAAUGGAUUUAUCCGAAACUGUGUAGGAUUUGGAUAUUUGCAAGAGGGCAUGGACAAAACUGGUUUGCGCAAACUACGAAGUUUGCACAUGAAACAUCUACCUUCCGCCAUUAAACUAACAUUAUCUGAAUGCGAUCUCGCCUAUUGCUAUUAAUAUAGUAAAUAAUACCAGGUUUAUGGUCGGAGUCACAUUUAAAAGUGCAAUACCAUGCCUAAAACAAGCCAGAACUUUCGAAUCAAGGUUAAAAAGCGAUAUUAUUCAGAAAGAGGUUACAAAUAUGAAUAUAAAAGGGAAAUUAAAAUAAACCCAAGGGGACAAUGCAUUAAAAACAAAACCCCCAAAAAAAACACCUAUGCAGUAUUUUAUAACCACUUUUUCGAACCAGCUACUUUACAUACAACAUACACUGACAGUUUUGAAUGUAAAACCAACGCUAAGGUUAUGCCCAGACUUAUGGGAUCCAUAUUCGACUCACUCUUGCCUCAAAAAAUGCUUUCACGUCUACGCCAUCAUGUCCACUUUUUAUUUAUAUUAUUGAUUGCAAUUAAUCAAAUGUCUUUGUCGCAGUCUAUAUCAUUAGAAGAAUUAAGUUCUAAGGACAAUAUAACAAAUUUGCAAGAAAAGUCCAAUAGAAAUGAUAACUUUAGUAACAGCACUGGAAGUAACAUGAUUUCUGGAACGUCACCUAUAGUUCAAAAGGAUUAUUUGGAAAAGUUAAAUAACUUCGAGCGUAGUGUUGCAGCUGUAUUAAUAAAAGUCGCUUAUGGGACAACAUCUACAACAAAGCGAAGCAUACCGGAAACUAGUUAUUCCUUAGGUCCAACUACUGUUGCCACACCAUUUCUGACGACACAAAGAUAUCCCUCCGUACAUAAACAAAAUGGAGUCAGUGGUCGUCAAAAAAAUUAUGAAAUAGACUUAGAGAGAGAUCAUGCAUUGCCAACAUCUGCCCCCAAUGCUGAUAUACUAAAAAGUAAUAAUAAUCCGACUUACCCAAAUCCAAACCGGCAUCAUUCGCAUGAUAGAGACCGCCACAGGAAUACCGUUCAGUAUUCCACUCCGAUACCAUCUAUCCCCAACCUUUUAAAAAAAUCAAAUGGAGGACAACUACCAACAAUACCAAUGUACCCUGGUGAUAUUCCAUCUUAUUCUCCGCCGUCUCGAGCAUUCUUUACACCGCCACUUCCGCCGGAGUAUCAAAACCCUUUUGCUGACAAGCCUACCUUGCGUGGAACCAAUAAUGAGGGUCUAAUUGCAAUUAAUAGGCGUCCGAUCCCACCCCCUAGUUUGAUGCCUAGUCAAGAUCGGAUCCCAAUUCGACCACCAGAUCUGGGUGGCAAUAGUAACGAUGCUAUUGUCAAUCCAUUAGCGGAUUUAAGUUACGCUAAUUCUGGUUUUGAUGAAAAGCACUCUCUUGAUUCUAGUGGAGCUGUGCCUGAUGUGUCCACAACAGAUCGUAAAAAAGCUCUCAAUACACCGGCACGUGCCAGCGGCGAAGACGUAUUAAACGAAAAGGCAAACAGGGUAAAGGGACACGGCUCUCUUGAACCAGAUGCCAAUGAUCCUAGUAAGAGACAAGAAGUUUUACCCAAUAUAAGACGUAUUCUGGGAUCAAAUGGAAAGAACAGUGAUAUACCAGCUGUGUUGUUAAAGCAAGUUACUCAGCGACCCCAAAUAAACAUGCGCCAACCGCCGUCUUCGCCAGUUGUACUGAUUGAAAAGCCUUUAACGAACGAGGAAAAAACAGAUGCUGAUGGAUCCUCCAUGGUUAGUCCUAAUAUUAAUCAGAGCAAGUACCACCCUGGUCAGUUGGACUACUACGACAAUUCUAAUCAGACUAUAGGAACCACACCAUCAGCAGCUGCUGCUAUUGGGGAAGUAUCGGCCACCUCAUUUUCUUACGCUACUACAAACGCGGACCAGCCAGGACAUACAGGAAAAGAUACUGACGCUGUUAAGAGUUUGGUUCCGAGCCUAGGCGAUCGCGAUGCUGUCGCUGCCUCAGCUGCUGCUGCUUCAGCACACAGUACAUGGACCUGGGCCUGGAAUAUUCACAUCUAUCUGUCAGUUGUUCUGUUUACCAUUUUAUCGGUAUAUUCGCUAUACAAACUGCUGACCUAUAACAAGCUUACACAUUUGUUUGCACAGUCGUAUUUUGUGUGCAUCCAUCUCAUACUUAUUUUGACCUGCAUAAUGAGAAUAUUUUUUCUUUGUUUUGAUGCAUACAACGUUCAUGGUUCCUUUAACAUUUUUAGCUCAGAACUCUUGCUGAAUCUACCUUCAACAUUCUUAACAGUAGCUUUCUCUGUACUUAUGUUGUUCCUCUUCCUUAAGUCUUUGAACCACAAAAACAAUAGAUAUUCAGCUCUGAUAAGGCCGCUGACGGUGAUUGUGGGCUGCGGCGUUCACGUUGUGCUUUGCAUUACAUUGCACUACGUUGAAUCCUAUACCCUAAAAAAUCAUCAUUUAUAUUUUCAGCAACAGCAGCAACAGCAAUAUUUUCGCAGGCAGCAUCUUCAUAAUCAGCAAGGCCAACUUAUUGCUACAAUUACUCCUUCGGCUAUUUUGCCUCCGCCUCCCCGAGUCUUGACCCUUAUAUGUCAGAUAAUUUAUAUAUUUAUAUGUCUAAGCUUGGGACUGCUUUAUCUCUACUUGUAUCGCAUUUUAAAACGCAUUCUUCGCAGCAAAUCUCAAAACUAUAUACAUGGCUAUCAGAAUUUAUCCUAUGCCAUACACAUUACGAUUGCCACAGCUCUUCUGUUUGUACUACUGGCCGCCCUUCAAAUAUUCGGUGCCAUAUGUAUUUCAUCGUCUCGUCAAAAUAAUAUAGUAGAUGUCGACUGGCUUCAAUGGGGAUAUCAGUUCUCUCUACGUCUUAUAGAGAUAGCGAUAAUUACUUUAAUAUCGUGGGUAACUGGGCUUAAAACCAGUGCCGGGCAUGAUACAUUAAAUGCUGUAAAUGUGGAUGUUCGAAUGGUUGGUUCCGGAGUGGGACCUAUGGGUGCGUAUAGCCCGGAAAAUGGCGGCUCAACUAACAAUGCCAUCAGAGAAAAAAAUGUUGGAAACGGCACCGGCACUCACAACUCAAAUAUGACAAAUUUUUUUCUGCCGUGCACGUCAAGCUCUAGUCAGGAGCAAUUUGAAGGCGACUAUCCAGCUAUUUGCAAUGCUAAUACCAAUCUUCAUACAUACACAAUGCGCACAGGUAAACUAAUAUAUGACGACAGCUAUGCCCUGAAUUCUAUAGGGCCCACACCCACUGGAUCUUCAAACAGUCGCCCCUGCGAAUAUCAACUGCAGGAGCCUAUGUAUCAGAGGCCUUAUGAUACGGGUUCAAUUGGAAGUGCUGUAAAUAGUCAGAACGGGACAGAUUAUGGAAAUAAAGCUACUCAGAACUACAAGCAACAACAUCAAAUGCACUUUCACGAGCAGCCCACGUAUAUGAGUACAGACUACAUGACGGAUGCUGCAUCAGACCAUUACGAAAAUCCGAAUUUUAAUUUGCGAACCGCUAACAGUACAAAAGCUGAACAAAUGCAAAAAGAAAUGUAUGAUAAUAAUGGAGUUGGUUCUACCUUAGGAUCCGGAUCUACACAGCACCAAGUGGUACUUUUGAAAAAUGACAAUUGCUAUUCUGAACCACAUGAGCAGGAAAACAAGAGGUAUGAAUUUAACAUCUUUGAGCGUCCUGUGUUUAAAGACAAAUCAGGUCACAACAUACAGUCCAACAGUGACUGCUUUGAAGACCGUCAAAAGAUAACGAAUGGUCGAGUAUGUGAAAGGAAAUUUGCUGGUAAUGGGACGCUGGAACGUAAUUUUUACGAAAACAAGCAUCCCGAGCGCCGCAGUUCUAACUCCAAAAAUUCCUGCUCCUCAUCAAAUGGAGGAGGGCGAUAUGCAAGCUAUAGUUCGUAUGAGCGCGGAUUUUUCAACGGCGUUUGUAAGAGUGGAACUUUAGGCAGUAUUGCUGGUGGUGGAAUAACAUUGAGCGGAGCUGUUCCAGGUCGUAGUCUAGAAGUACCAAGUCCUCCUACUGGAUCUCAACGAAUAAUAGCCAAUGGAGCACAGACGUUAGGGAUAUCAGAUAGAGACAGAGCCCAAUAUUAUCAGAGAGUAAGUGGACGUACUUCCAAUUUAAGAUCAUUGCAGGAUGGUACUGGAACUGACAGUUUUACAAGUGUACCCGUAAGGCAGCAUCAACUAAAACCGUUAUCGUAUGAGCAUAAUUCGGAAGAUGAAGAAGAAGAGGAGGAAGACGAUAUAAUAUCAGGAAGCAAUGUAGAGUGUACCAACUUGAUAAACAACGAUAAUGGUUCUGUCAUUGCCGAUGACAGCGCUCCAUCUUCUAUUUCCAUUAUUGGCAAAACGUCAUUAUAUACCAGCACAGCAGCAACUAAAAAUUUGUCGAAUGACCCGCUUUUACAUGCAAAUGUAAACGCACAACUGAAUAUUCAAAAUACUGGAAAGCUUCGUUCUGAGUUGUGCACUGCCUCAUCAGCUUCGGUUGCUUCUGCAUCUUCGAACUCAUGCACAACGUCCAGUGCUUCUGAUAGUAUGCUAGUAGCAGAUCAAGGUUUUCUUCGAUUUCGGUCCAUAGAGGAUCAAAAUAGUGCACAAAAUGGAAACAAUUUAGAUGGCGAAAGGGCUGCUAUAUCUUCCCUUCGUCUUAAAAGUUGCAGUGCGACUGUAAGUGGCAUUGAUUGCUAAGAUUUUUGCACGUCCCCGAUGCAUAGCUUUGCAUGUCAUAACUAUAACCACCUUGUUUCUGUAACUCACUUUUAAUCAAACACUGCAUUGAUUGCCCGUUUAUGCCAAUAAAAGUAGUUAAAUCACCA